UUGCCUUCUGUGAGCGGGUGGCCUUGCAGAUGGCGGCGGAGCUGCGGACGCCUGAGCAAGGACCGAAGCCCUGGGAAAGAUCGGUCCUGGACUCGGGUUACGGCUCCAGCAUCCACCGGCGUUCGCAGCGCCCGCUGGACUCGCCUGAGGCGGGCGAGGUUGUGGUGGAAAAGUUCUCGCUCUCCGGAGCCGAGUGCGAGUCGGGCCCCAAUAGCCCCGAAGCGGCCGCCUCGGACUCGGGCCGCAGUGGACACGUAGUUACGUCCGGCUGCAGCCUCCUGGCGAAGGAUGAGGAGCCUGGAGUGCGGGUGGCUUCACCGGAACAGCGUAGCGCAGCUGGUGCCUGUCCGUCGGUGACACGUUGCGGUCAGUGCUCCAACAUCGUCUGGAAAGUAAUAACUGGUGUACUGGCUGUGGUUAUUUUGGUGUUGCUUCUGACAGGAACUCUCUCUCCAAAGGUCAGGCAGUGUCCGGAAGACUGGAUAGGUUUUGGAGGGAACUGUUAUUACUUUUCCACUGAUACAAAGAGCUGGGAAGACAGUAAGGAGUACUGCGCCUCACAUGGCGCAACACUUCCUGUGAUAAAAGAGAAACUGCAACUGGAGAACAUCAAACGCUUGAGACAGAACCAUUACUACUGGAUUGGGCUAAGAAAGGAAGCAGCAGGAUGGCAGUGGGACGAUGGAUCUCUAUUUACUAAUGAUGUCAUCCAAUUGGAAAAUGAAGACGCAAAGCUGAAGUGUUCCUUCCUAAACAGUGACAAAAUUGUUACUGUAGAUUGCACAUCUUCAAGACGCUGGAUCUGUGUCAAAGAGUCCAAAUGAGUCGUCUUCAUCUCCAGUGAAGUUAGUAGUGCAAGCGUUAGAUUUCUGAGUUAUUUGCCAGACACGCUUCGGAAGCCAUGAUCAUGCUCCUCUGACAAGCUGGAAAAUCAAUCUUAAAUCUGAAAAGCCUACAACUCUAACCUGCCUAAAAUCCCAAAUUGCAAAUUAAGACCACCUGAAAAUAGAUGUAGUAAGGUGUUGAGGACCCUCAUAUUCCACUGAAGGUACCUGGCAGUAUUAGACACUUCUAAACAGCUGGAUACUUGAAGUUUGUAUAUUGUAGUGUAACUAUUUUUUAAACUAGAUCAUGUACAAGUUUUUCAGUGUAUUAAUUAUUUUUAAUUCAGAAUAUGAAGCGUCUUUCAGAACAGGGAUCGACAAAUGGAAUUAUUUUAAUCAAAGAUUAUCAGUCAGAUUAAUACAGGAAAAGACAUAUUUUACCACCUACUAUACUACACGAUAGAUAAGCCUAAAGGAAGUUCUAAUUUGGUCAUAAUUAAUAACAUCUGUGACAACUGACAGCUCUUAAUGAGUUAAACAUCUUUUACUGGGUCCUUAAUUUCAGUCAUUACAAAAAACAUUUGCUAUAACAAGUACCUCUUAUUAAUCACAGAACGUAAUUAGAGUGUAGGCAUCCCUUAUCAGUCACCCAGUAUUAUUUGUAACAUACUUUUGUAGACACUUAUUAGUUUGAGGGGUCUUUUCCUUAGACAUUUAGGCCUGGUCUACACUAGGAGGUUAUGUCGAAUUUAGCAGCGUUAAAUCAAAUUAACUCUGCAUCCGU